GAAAUACACAGAGCUUGAGAUGGUUCGGGUUUGUCGAAGGGGGGACCAGGAGAUGUCCUCAAAGUUGCGACUCGGUGGUUGUCGAAGCAGAAGAAAAAAACAGAGAAAAAAAAAGCGCAUAUCGAAGGGCCGGCGAUCGAUCGAAGCUCACAGCCUUGAGGACGAUUUUUCUCUCAUUUACCCCCCAUGUUCCUAUUGAAUAGGCACCCAGUCAGCCCAAAAAAAGCCGUCCCUAAAACUUGCUCGGCUCUGGUUGAUGAUCUCCCAGAGUUGGUCCAUGCGCUACUCACCUCGCUCCUGUACUAUCUAACCUCCAUGGGCAGGGCAGUUGUAGCCCUCACGUCGGCGGACCUGCUGUCUCACUCCGGUGCAAGAAGUGCCUCUCUUUGCACAGUAGACGACAUCCCCCUCGGGGUGAGUGCAGCCACAGUCGUACUUGUAGAAAUACUGAGAGCACAUUUUGAAAAUUGGUUUUUGUGGAAAUUCGAAAGGUGUGAAGGAAGUGGUGCGACGUGGUUUUAAAGUAAAAGUAGAGACGAACGGAUUGGGGUCCAACGGACGAAUUCUUUGGGGGUGCAGUUGUCAAUCGAUAGAGAAGGCUUCGGGC